AUUCUUGCUCGGAAGUCGGAAGUCGAAACUAGGAGCUUUAUCAUAUCCUCGUUCCUGCAGUAAUCUGAGGUCGUGGUAUCCAUACAAACAAGAUUUUGGGCAUCUUGUUUUGGGUAUAUGCUAUUCUCUAAAUCGUUGUUCUUUGGAUAUGGCCGAAGAUUUCACUGAUUUUCAGUUAGGUGAUGACAUUCUACGACCACCAUAUGAUAAUGUCCAAUUUGAUGAUAGUGAGACUCAAGAUGUUGGUGGGUUAUUUGUCCCUCAAUCGGCUGUUUCCAUUGAAAACAGAAAUAGUGAAGCCAAUGAGCGGGGUGUCAAAAGAGGCCGAGGGAAAACCAUUGUUAAGUGGGGCACUAGUGGAAUGAGAGAACGAGUUAUUUGGGGGAAGAAUGGGGUGCCUCUGUGGCCAAGGGAUAAAUGUGGACAAUACUCUAUUUACCUUGGUAACCUGGCAGCUGACUGUGGUUAUUUCCCAAUUAAUGUCAAGGAUUGGCGACACUUUGAAGAGGAGGACCUUGCCCCAGUAUGGACAAAGAUUGAGGGGACAAUUGAUUGGUCUGAGGCUGAAACUGCUGCUAAGAAGCCAACAAUCAAGAAAACAGCAUUUGAAAGACUUGCAGAUCGUUGGAAGCACCACAAGGCACACUUGAAGAAAGUGUAUUGGCUUAAAGAAAAAGGGAAAGAUUCACGUUUUCAAUGCCCUGAUAAUUCCCUUGAUCCUGUUCAAUGGAGAGCUUUUGUUACUCACUUAGAUGACGAGAAUACUCAGGUCAAGGCUGAUAUAAAUGUUUCUAAUCGCUCACAAAGGACAAUGCAUCAUAGCACAGGAACAAGAACUUUUGCAGCAUUUGUUCAUGAAUGGAAAGUGCUAAAUGGGAUUGAGGGAGAACCUGAUAGGAUAGAGAUAUUCAAGUUAACACAUGGUAAGAAGGGGAAAACAAAUGAAUAUGUAGAUGCUUCGUCCGCCAACGCAGUGCAACGUUUGGAGAGGGCUGAAGAAGAGAGAAGGAGAUUAAAUGUUGAGAUCACUCCAAAGAUUAGGGAAGAUAUAUACGCAGAAGUUUUAGGGCCGGAGAAGCGUAAUCGAGUUAGGGGACUUGGAGCGGGAGUCCGUUGGCGUGAUGUUCCACAUAUUCACACUGAGAAAAAGAGUAUUUCUUCCACUGUGGAAGCACUAAAAGCACUAAAAGCACAACUUGAGGAACAUCGCUUGGAGACCGAAAGAUUAAAGAUUGAGGCCGACAAAGAGAGAGAAAAAGCUGCUGAAAGGGAAGAGAGAAUGAGGAAUGAAACAUAG